AAAAAGUACAGAACUCAGUCCUAUAUAAACGAAGGCAGGAGACGGGACUACCCGAUUUUCUGCUCGUUAUAGACCAAUAUACACACAUACAUAUAUAGAUAAUACCACUUUAUGGUGCGUGCUUCACCAUUAACCCUUUUCCAACGCUGUUUAGCAGUUCAUGGUGCUGCAGCUAAUAAAGUAUGGACGGCUACUAUCAAAAUACCGGAAUUAAAAGAAACAGUAGUAUCGUCCUCCAUUCCGGACAUUCGUGAAAACUUGGACGAAGCUGCUCGAUUAGUUGCCGAUUACCUCAAAAUGUAUAAAGGGCGAACAUUGGUGAUCACAGGUGCAGGCGUAUCGACGGAUUCCGGCAUACCGGAUUAUCGUGGUGAUGAGGGAACUUAUAUAAAAAACCCCAAACAUCGUCCUAUCCUUUUUCAAGAACUUGUGUCGUCGGAUAUGUUUCGCAGGAGAUACUGGGCUAGAGCAUUUAUGGGAUGGGGAGAAAUGGCCAAAGCACGGCCGAAUCCAACACACGAUAUCCUUGCAUGGCUCAUGCAACACAAUUACGUCCCAGACCUUAUAACACAAAACGUAGACUACUUACAUCGACGAGCAGCAGCAGCAGCAGCACUCGAGCAUAGCAAAGAACGUAGCGACCGUAUUGUAGAGCUACACGGCACAUUGUUCCGUGUCGAAUGUCUCGACUGUCACAACAUGGUGGAUCGACAGGAUUACCAACGCCGACUGUUUUCACGCAAUCCAUCGUGGGCAACACUGUUGACCAGUGGCGAAAAGCUCAAGGUCAAUCCAGACGGCGACGUGGAAUUAUCAGAUAGCAUGUCGUAUGCCGAUUUCGAUAUCCCACCUUGCACAAGCUGCGCCAGCCGUCGCAUGAAGCCUCAGGUUGUGUUUUUCGGUGAGAAUAUCAAGCCGCAUGUCACAAGUGCAGCCGAAGCGAUGGUGCGGCAGUCGGACGCCGUAUUCAUCGUUGGGUCGUCGUUGGCAACGUAUUCGUCGUAUCGAUUGGUGCGUCUGGCAAGUGAACUGCAGAAGCCAGUGGGCAUUCUUUGUAAAGGCAGCACUCGAGCGGAUGCCCUGGCUGCUUGGAAAGUCGGCAUGGGGUGCACGCCGGUGUUGCAACGAGUGCAACAGCUAUUAAAAGAGCAGGAAUAAAGAAAAUAGACCUUUGUUUUGGGGCCAUUGAGAGGAUGAUACACGCACACACACAAUAAAAAAAGUAGCGAGCUGCAAGCCCUUAAAUUCGAUUGGGCGGAAGUUUGAGGUUGAGUGGAUGAGAGAGAAAGCGAGUGAGUGAGUGCGAGUGAGUGAGUGAGUGAGUG